ACUUGGGUGAGAUGGGAGCGCGCUCAGCCGCUCCAUCACGGCCCACCAAACGCGACCAAUCUGCCAGAGAAAUACAACAAUACCACACACACACACACUCGGGGUAAGAAAAUGGAGCGAGUAACCGAACGAUCCACUCCCACCGGAUCGCCGCCUCGUUUUGUACACGGCUCCGAUGAUGUGUUCGCCUGCCUUGCCUCCUUGUGAUCCGUUCUCCGUUCGCUCUGCCGGUACAAAGGAACAACAGCACCUGAGAUUGCAGCCCAGUGGUCGGGCAAGAGUGAUCGGACUAGUCGGUGCCACUGAAUCCGGACCUACCGACACACACCGUCUGCAAACCGAGAGGUUUCUGUUUUCCUUUUUUUUUUUUUUUCUUUUUUCUUUUUUUGGACAUUUUCUUUCUGCGUUCGUUUCGAGCUGAUACUGGACAUAGACAAAGAUUUGUAUCAGUUCCUCUCAAAGUGACCUAUGCUGGAAUAAUGUAUGAGAAAAAAGAUGAGCUGUCUUUUCUCCUCCAGCAUGUCUCCUUCUCCUUCAUCCGGUCCUCCUCAUGAACAGCCACUGUGUUGUCCGCAAAAGGAUGUGUUGCCCACGACAAGUGUCAUCAAUUUGCGUUGGUGAGCAGGUCAUCUAAAGGCCUGUUGAAAACACUUGAACUCCAGGUGAGCUGCUGUUGUUCGGAAAAAUUGUGUUGGAUUGGACAAAUAAACCACGAUAUGGUAGAGCCGGUGGGAUUCAUCGAGGCGUGGAAGGCUCAAUUCCCAGAAUCGGAGCCCCCCAAGAUGGAGCUGAGGUCUGUGGGAGGUAUCGAACACGAGCUGGAGAGAUGCAAAGCGUCCAUCAGGAGACUGGAGCAGGAAGUGAACAAGGAACGCUUUCGCAUGAUCUACCUGCAGACCCUCCUGGCCAAGGAGAGGAAGAGCUACGACAAGCAGCGCUGGGGCUUUAGGAAAACGCCUCUCAAUGAGGGGGUGGACCCCGCUGCCUCUCAGGGGGCAGAGUCUCAGCAGCCACACAUGCAAGAGACCGGUGGGGUGGGUUGUGGCGGUGGGUACGGCCCCGCUCCUAUUGUGGACAGAAGCCGCUACCAGUCUCAUGGAGACGGAACAGGCAGAUCCAAACCGAGACCCCCACCGGCGAAGAAGUCCGCCUCCCACGGAGACGGGCUGGAGUCGGCCUUCGAGGCCCCCCAACAGGCUGAGUCGACAUCCUGCGACAAUCUGGACGGCCUCUCGCCCUCCAAGCAGCGAGGGGGCGUCGCCGCGUCGCCCCGAAGGCCGGUGCUUCCACCCCCGGACAAGGAGCUGCCCUGUGACCCUAAAGACAAGCUCGGGAUGGGCCUCGGCGUGGCCGCCCUAAGGUCCAACUUCGAGAGGAUCAAGCGUGCCAACUCUCACACAGUUGGCGACAAAGGUCAAGAAAAGCAGCCGCCACUGCCGCCGCCACCUUUCUACACAAACAUGGAGUUCCACCACGACAGGGGGCUGGUUCGGGUCAACGACCGCGAAGUCUCGGACAAAAUCAGCUCCCUGGGGAGCCAGGCCAUGCAGAUGGAGCGGAAAAGAUCCCUGCACUCGCUUCCUGGUAACCUGGCAACCGUGGCAGGGGAGCUGCGCGCCAGACCGGUGUAUAGGGGUCGGUCCACCGAAAGCACCUGUGGCUAUGAUGCCGAAUACGAAGACGGGGAGACCAAUCAAAGACAUCAACGAUCCAACGGUGGUAAGCCCCCACCUCCGCCUUGGCAACCUUCUGAUUUCCAGGCCUACUCCAGUGUCUAUGUCGGUGGAGUGAUGAUGGGUGAAGGUGGGGGCGGUGACGGGCGGGGCGGUGUCCAAAUGAGAGACCACGGCGGAGGCGACGACCACCUCCUGACGUGGCCCCGUCGCUCUUACUCCCCGGGGAGCUUCGAGGACGUCGGCGGGGGUGGCGGCUACACGCCGGACUGCAGCUCCAACGAGAACCUGACGUCCAGCGAGGAGGACUUUUCGUCGGGCCAGUCCAGCCACGUCUCGCCCAGCCCCACCACGGCCUUCCGGCGCCCCUUCCGGGAGAAGAGCCGCUCGCCGUCGCAGAACUCCCAGAACUCCCAGCACUCUUUCGACAGCAGCAGCCCCCCGACGCCGCAGUCGCAGAAGCGCCACCAUCGGCAGCAGGGGGGUCACGUGGUCAUGUCGGAGGCGACCAUUGUCAGUGUUCGCAAGACGGGUCAAAUCUGGCCACCUGCCGUACAUCACGGAAGAACAUCGCAUGACAACAGUUUCCAUGGAGACCACCUCGAUGGCCAUUACACCGGGACUCCGCCGUCUUACGGCUAUGACGCCGACCGUGCGGAAGAGCAGCGGAGGCACCACGACAUCCUGCCGUACAUUGACGACUCACCUUCUUCCUCACCUCACCUGAGCUCCAAGAGCCGAAGCAGUCGGGACACCCUGUCCUCGGGAUCGCUGGAGUCCUCCAAGUCGACGGAAUGUGACCUGGAAAAAGGUUUGGAAAUGAGGAAGUGGGUCCUGUCUGGGAUUUUGGCCAGCGAAGAAACAUACCUCAGUCACCUGGAGGCACUGCUACUGCCCAUGAAGCCUUUGAAAGCGGCGGCCACCACGUCGCAGCCUGUGCUCUCCGUGUCCCAGAUCGAAACCAUCUUCUUCAAAGUGCCUGAGCUCUACGAGAUCCACAAGGAGUUUUACGAUGGACUCCUGCCCCGUGUCCAGCAAUGGAGCCACCACCAGAGAGUUGGGGAUCUCUUCCAAAAAUUGGCCAGCCAGUUAGGAGUUUACAGGGCGUUCGUGGACAACUACGAGCUGGCGGUGGAGACGGCCGAGAAGUGCUGCCAGGCCAACACGCAGUUUGCCGAAAUCUCAGAGAACUUGAAGGUGAGAAGCCCCAAGGACUGCAAGGAGCCGACAGCCAAGAACUCGCUCGAGGCUUUGCUUUACAAACCAGUGGACAGAGUGACACGUAGCACGCUGGUGCUUCAUGACUUGCUCAAACACACUCCCACAAGCCACCCAGAUCACCCGCUUCUACAGGACGCGCUGCGCAUCUCCCAGAAUUUCCUCUCGAGCAUCAACGAAGAGUCCACGCCCCGACGUCAGCUGAUGACGGUCAAGAAAGGAGAGAAUCGCCAGCUGCUGAAGGACAGCUUCAUGGUAGAGCUGGUGGAGGGCGCUAGGAAACUGCGACACGUCUUCCUGUUCACCGACCUGCUGCUCUGCGCCAAACUGAAAAAACAAAUUGCGGGUAAAAACCAACAGUAUGACAGCAAGUGGUACAUCCCAUUGAGUGAGCUCACCUUCCAGGGCCCAGAGGAGGCCGAACCCCUCACUGUCCCACAGGUGCCAGAUGAAGAGCUGGAUGCCAUGAAGGUGAAGAUCUCACACCUGCGCAGUGAGAUCCAAAGAGAAAAGAGAGCCAACAAAGGUUCGAAGGUCAUUGACCGCCUCAGGAAGAAGCUGUCCGAACAGGAGUCGCUGCUGCUUUUAACCUCCCCUAGCAUGCACCUCAGAGUCUACAACAAGAGUGGCAAGAGCUACAGCUUCCUCAUUUCAUCCGACUAUGAACGUGCUGAGUGGAAGGAGCUCAUCAAAGAGCAACAGAAGAAAUGUUUCAAAGCCGCUUCCUUAACUUCAAUGGAGCUCCAAAUGUUGACCAACUCGUGUGUCAAGCUCCAAACGGUCCAUCACAUCCCACUUAGUAUUAAUAAAGAAGAGGAUGAAGCCCCGGGUCUCUGCGGGUUCCUGAAUGUAAUCGUCCACUCUGCCUCCGGCCUCAAACAGAGCUUGAAUCUCUAUUGCACAUUGGAGGUGGACUCUUUCGGCUUCUUUUCAAAUAAAGCCAAGACGAGAGUGUAUCGAUACACCACUGAACCCAAAUGGAACGAGGAGUUUGAGAUCGAGCUGGAGGGUUCGCAGACCCUGCGGCUGCUCUGCUACGAGAAGUGCUACAAUAAGAGCAAGCAGAACAAAGAGGACAGCGAGAGCAUGGACCGCAUCAUGGGGAAAGGACAGAUCCCGCUGGAGCCGCAGACUCUCCAAGGAAAAGACUGGCAAAGAACUGUCAUUCCCAUGAACGGGAUUGAGGUCAAACUGUCCAUGAAGUUCACCAGCCGUGAGUUCAGCCUGAAGAGAAUGCCCUCGCGGAAACCCAUGGGUGUGUUCGGAGUCAAGAUCUCCACCGUGACAAAACGAGAGCGUUCCAAGGUGCCCUACAUAGUCCGGCAGUGCCUGGAGGAGAUUGAGAGGAGGGGAAUGGAGGAGGUGGGCAUCUAUCGAGUAUCCGGGGUGGCCACUGACAUUCAGGCCCUCAAGACGGCCUUCGACACCAAUCACAAAGACGUCUCGGUGAUGAUGAGCGAGAUGGACGUCAACGCAAUCGCCGGGACCUUGAAGCUGUACUUCCGAGAGCUCCCAGAGCCGCUAUUCACCGAUGAGCUCUACCCCAAUUUUGCAGGAGGCAUCACUCUGUCUGAUAGCGUGGCCAAGGAGAGCUGCAUGUUGAACUUACUGCUGUCACUACCGGAACCCAACUUGGUCACCUUCCUUUUCCUCUUGGACCACCUGAAGAGGGUGGCAGAGAAGGAAAGCGUCAACAAGAUGUCCCUCCACAACCUGGCCACCGUGUUUGGGCCGACUCUGUUGAGGCCCGCCGAAAAGGACAGUAAGAUCCCGACGAAUCCCACGCAGCCCAUCAGCAUGGGGGACAGCUGGUCCCUGGAGGUUAUGGCACAGGUCCAAGUGCUGCUGUAUUUCCUCCAGCUGGAGACGAUCCCCACUCCGGACAGUAAACGACAGAGCAUCCUCUUCUCCACGGAGGUAUAGAGACAACUCUGUUUACCUCACACCUUGACCGCGAUGGCUUGACGAACUGAAGGACCUCGGCUCAAACCCAGCCUUGCUGUAGUAUGUUUUUGAAUUGACUUCAUUUCGUGAGGCUCACGUACCCGAGAAGGAUUUUUUUCCCCCCAACCACAAGAGGAUGCCAUUGAGCCUCCAAACCUGAGUCUCUGUGUGUCCAUACAUUCUGGGGAAUCCCAUUAUCUUCCAUCUACAUUCCUCUUGUUUUGCUCCAUAUUAGUCACAGAAGAACUAAAAGGCUCUUCCUGCUUGGAAUUGUGUGCGUUUUUGUCUUUUGGGCCUCAAUUGUCGGACCAUGGUCAAGUCAAGACCUCGACAAAAUGUGUCUGUCCAUCACAAAUGUUUCAUCCCAGCACAUUUUCCCAAAGGGAUGACAGGAAUUGGACAGUUAAACAGGACUAUGUAGUUUUCCUGCUCCAUGCCAAGCUUACAGUAGUCCUACCCUUGUGGGGGCAAACAAAUCCUGGUUGAAGACCAAUGCAGCAACUUGAAGGACUUAUUAAAGUAAGAAGUUUAUUCCUAAUGGACCACAAUUUCAUUGCCUGCAGUUUGUUUCUGACCACAAAGAAACAUUCCCUCUAUUUGUGUCUCCAGUUAGCUUAAAUAUCCGGGAAGCAAUAUAUUUUCUAUCUUGGGAAUUUACCCUCCGUCUUGUUACAUCCUGGGACAUCCUGUCAAACGUUGCUGAUGUGUUUCUUGUUGUACAUAAUGUUAAAGUUUUACUUUUAACGGUAUAAUCUAAGGUGUUAAAUGUAAUUUAUUGCAGGGUCCUGGAAGAGAGACUUUUUUUUUUUUUUUUUUUUUGUAUGUGUACUUUAGGCGGUUUGAUCAAAGCGGCGGUUAGCAGUUAGCCUUGACUUGAAGCCUUGCGGUGAAUAAGCAGGAUUUAGCCUUGUUGUUCUAGAUGCUCCUGUUCUGUGCAGCCUUUUAUUGCUUGUUCCAGAAGGUGGUCAGCGGCAUGCUGACAUGCUGCUGUGAAGAGAAAAGGCACGAGCUCUUCUUAUAAUGUCUGACAUCCUGAAAAUAUCACCCGUUUGGCGGUGAGUGUAACGGCGUAACGUUCACGUCCAAAUGACGUCAGCUUCUUUGCAUCAUCUCAGCUCCGGUGGAAGAAGUCCACGCGUGAAAUGUUUGAGCAUCGCACUUCCAGUUCACUCACGCUUUCUUUGGCUCACGGGCUGCCCCUACUGAUGAGGAGUGUAGUCACUUUUAUGUUGCUGUGGUAAAUACAGUCAUUUCUUAUGAAAAAACACGCCCCGUGAAUGUAUGCGCAACAAAAACAAAACUCUGCACCAUUAUCACAUUGACAGAUCAUUGUAGCUUGUGGAAGGUGUGUACAGUGGAACCUUAAAUGAGACAUAUCGUCGCUGUCGGGCAGAAACCUCACAACUCCAAAAUGACUUACUUUUUAGUAAGUGAAGUGUAGUUUGCAGAAAUGAAUCUGCACACAAACGUUCUUACAUUCUGCACCAAAGCAUUCCAGAAAUCCAUUUUUUUUAAAACAGGCUUACUCAAAUGUAUCUAACCUAACUAUUUUCACUCGUUAUUGUCUAAAAAAAUCAUCCAGACUUUGAAUCUUGAGGGGACUUGAUGCUGAAUGUUUCCCCCACACUUUAAAUGUGUUGAUGAUGUGUAAAAUCAACAGACAACAUGAUCAAUAGUGUUGAUUUUUUAUUUUUUUUUAAUUUAAAUUGAUCAUAUUUGGAGAAACAAGGUUUCCACCCGACAACAAGGAUAUUAUGCUUCCCCCGCCGCAAUUAAAAACAGUCCCCAGGUAUUUUAUUAACAUUCCUGUGACAUGCUUUUAUCAAAAUACCCCAAGGAGCAAGAAUUAUAGCAGGCUUUAUGCACCGUGUUUCUUGUCUUUAACCCGUUUUUAGCUGCCAACGCUGUGGAAUACAACUGAGCAACUAGCCGCAGCCUGAGCCUUGCGACUACAGAGACAAAUACUAUUUCAAAACGCACAAUACUACCAAGGUUAUUUAUUUUACAUUCGUUUGAAUGUUGAGAAAGUUAAAAUUCUACUUUAAACCUGCGCAGUUCACGAAGGUAAAUUUCACAAAUUGGAACGGAUUGUGUUUGACAGUGCAGGUUCCACUCGACAAGCCCUGCAGACAUUUCUGAAGGCUAAAAAUAACGCCAACGCUAACACAACAUAAUAGGUUUCCACUAUUAUUAUGAUACCCUACUCAAGCCUGCUUAACAUCUCAACAAGAGAUGCUUUAAAAAUCUAUUUAAAUAGAUCUAUUUUUUUUCCCAGUAAAACAUUUAUUUGUCCUUGUAUUAGCCCCUAGCACUAAAAUGUUAGCGUGAUGACUCCACAAUUAACAUGCGGGCAUGUUAUUUAUUUUGUUGUCCGUGUACUUAAGAAGUUGAUCCCAUUCCAAAAUGUCCUUACAGAUUCAUUUACAUUGUAUACUGUACACUCUCUACGUAUCAUGACUGAGGCUGAAAAAAAUAAAUGCUUUGCUUUUAAAAUUAAUGUACAUUUGUCCCCCGCAGGCCACUAAAGAAUAUGCUGUAUGCGCCCCCCGCAAAACACGAUAUUCCGAAAUUAACGUCAGCGAUAUGCGGAACGUCACGUGACCAUACCCUGAAAACUACUUAGUGGACUUGCCGUGUAUGUUGCGAUAACUAGCAUAAAUAAAGGUUAAUGACAUGAUGGCUUGGAUGACGCAACGUGCGAAAGUAGUUGUGACAUGAAUUUCAGUCGACAGCAGAGGGGGGGAUAUUGCCCAACAUGGCGGCUCCCUGAGAGCCGCCAUGUUGGGCGAGAUGGAUUUAUUUAUUAAUCUGUUUUAAUUCUUAUUCUGCGAGCGCAAUAUUAAUCAGAAUAUUGUGUUUAGACCAUAGGGGGCACAUGCAAUAUAUUCUUCAAGUUCCCCUUUCAAUUAAUAUGUAUGGUUUUGUUUUAUUUGUGUAUCAUUGAUUCAUUUUACAUACACAUUUUAACUUUUUUUUGGGUCACCUCAUCGACAAAUGACGUGGCCCAUCUGUCUUUAAAAAAUCAAACUUGGCUCUUGAGUAUACCAUAUCUCACAUAUCAUUCGAAUCAAUAGUACAGAAUCGUUUGUGUUUUGAGCAAGGGGAAUUAUGAAUACAUAUCUCACAUUUCUUGUGCUUCAACAUGUUGAUUCUAGCAUAGCAAAAGUAGAAAUGCAUGGUUGUGAAUGACUACAACAUAGCCCAUCGGACUUUUGUCCUGCAUUCCAAGUGGAUGAAAGCACAAUUGUUGUUAACACAUUCACUGCCAUUGACGGCUUUAGAAGUCAAAUAUCCAUGUUAACGGGGAAGGCUGGCAGUGAAUCAGUUAAGUGUCCAUCAGUUUCACUUCCAUGAUCAUUAUUACGUGUAGGGUGCCACCAUUGUUUACGAGCACAUAUUUUGGCCUUGUGUAGCACACGAACACCGUUUCAACAUCCGCAUUGGAGGACAGGCAGCGGCCUCCGUCCCGAUUGCCUACACCGCUCCAACCCUGUCGUGCCUCAACGCAGCUUUUUUGUUUAGCCAGACGCUGACAGUGGAAACUCUCCUGUUGCCUUUUUUCGGCGAAGACAGCCGCACGUCUCUUUAAGACAGGACCUUGAGAAAGAAAAAAAACUCGGUCUUAGCUACAGCUCCUAACGACCACCCUCGUUCUCACUCCGAUGCUGUAAAUUGAACUCUUAAGUGUUAACAGGACGAAGGAUAGUACAAAUCUUGCCUGUGUACCUUACUUUAGCUCCUUUUAUGCCUUUUACUUGUAUUUAUUUAAGCUAUGUUUGAGUCUUGGCAUAGAAAGUCUGCUGGGUCUAUUUAUUUGUAAUAUGUUGAAGGAAUAAAUUAAUGUAAAACUAAAGGGAGGGGAGGGGAGGGGAGGGGGGGGGGUACUUGUUCCCAACAAGUGAAGUUUGUCACUGGUUUGUCCCACCCGCCUGCCAGCUUUUCAUUGGCUCAUCAUCGUCACUGCUCGUGAUUUUUGUUGGACAACAGACUGACCACUGUGAUUGUUCAGCGAGAGGAAAGUGCAGCUUCUUGUCGGUGUAAAGGGGAACACAAAGUUUGUUUGGCGCGCAUUAUAGCAGAGCAGGGGUCACCAACCUUUUUGAAAGUGAGAGCUACAUCUUGACUAUCAGUUUGAUGCACACAUCUGAAAUACACUGGUGCCUUGAGAUACGACUUUAAUUUGUUCCGUGACCACGCUCUUAACGCCAAAGAGUCAAAUCACAAAUCAUCUUUCCUGACAAUUAAAUAGGAUUAAAGGAAGAGUUUUUGCCACAUAUUUCGUUCUGUUUGCAUUUGUGUAUAUCAUUUUUGCUUCAUUCAAUGGACAUUGUGCUGCUCCUCCUGGUGUGUGUGCCUUGGAAAACCUGGGGGCAGUUUGAUAUAGACAUAGAAACACAUGAAGAACUUCACAACUGACUCGGUAAGCUGCAGUAAUAUUAUUCAUUUUCACAAAAGAUAACGAAAAUAUACCAUGAGUGUUGUUAUAUUAUCUGUCUACACGUGUUGCUCCACCAUUUGUGUUGAAGUAUCCAUUUCUUAAAGGGUUAUAACACCGCGAUACUGAUGCUAAUCGAUAGCACAUCUAUGGCAUUUUUCAUUAUUUGGUUGUUUUUUUUAUUUGGUUGUUUCGAAUACACAGCUGCAGUAUGUCACGCUUAUCUCAAGGCACCGAUGUAUCGAAUGAGGGUAAAUCAUCUCAUUGUCGUUGCACCUGCUUUCUUGACUCCACGAGCGAGUUUGUUUGGGCAUUUGCUACAAUACUGACCUUUGAACUAUACGUUUUUUUUUUAAACUAUUGUCAUUUCCAAAUGUACACCAGUGCUAGUGUGAUUUUAAAAAUAAUAGCAACAUUAUCAAAAUGUGACGCAUCUCACUGGUAAGCUGUUAAUUUAGAACAGGCCCAGCGACUGUUCAUGCCGUCGUCGGGGGCUACCUGGUGCCCGUGGGCACCAUGUUGGUGAACCCUGUGGCAGAGAGUACUUUAUUGUGGCAUCCACUGUGGGAUCAAUUCGGCCAGGCUGGAAAAAAAAAAGACAAAAAAAAACAAAAAACAAUAAAAAGAUAAUUGUAGCAAUUAUUUUUGUAAUAGUUUUAGUAGUAGUAAUAAUAAUUAUUACAGUAGUAGUACCACUUAGGACAUUAUAUGAUAAUUAAAAAAUGCAAUGAUAAUAUUUUCGGUGAUUAUUGGUAUUGUUAUUUCCUAAUCAUUUGAUUACUAUUAGGAAUAAUAAAUAUUAUGAUAUGAGAAUAAAGUCAUAUUAGGGAGAAAAAACUUCCAAUAUUCCCUGAAUAAGGGGUUAGGGUUUUUUUAUUUUUAGAAGAAAAAAAUACAUUUUAUUUUUUAAAAUAUUUUUAUUCAAUAUGUAAGUUUUUCCACGUUCGUUUCUCAUAUUUUUGUCGUAAUAGUAUUGUUUACAAAGGAAAAAGAAUUAGAUAAACCCAAUGUUAGAGAGUGGAAGAAUUUUCAAAAAAAAUUCUUACGAGAAAAAGUUUGCAACAGUACAAAAAUAUUCUUAAAUCUUAACAUUCAAACUUCAUUAUGGUUAAAUUCAGACUUUUUCCUUGGAAAAUUAGAGGUUUUUCUUGUAAUAUUACCAGAAAAAAAGUCUUACAGAGCUGAAUGUAAUAUUAUGGCAGUGUGAAGAAAGAAAAUGAAAAGAAAAUGUCAUGAGCAUAUCAUAGUCUUACCAGGAAAAAAGUUGAGUUCAUUCGGAGAACAAAGUUUAAAUUUUAUUCUUAGUUUUGACUAAAUAAUAUACAGCCGCAUUUCAGACUUGUCAUAGAUUAACUUCAUUUUUAUAUUCUGACUUUUUUCAUAAAUAUUUUUACAUUCUACUUCAUAAAAUUGCAAUGUUUUUCUAGUAAGAUUCCCACUUUUUUUCUUGAAAAAAAGCAACUUUUUUUCUCUUAAAAAAUUAAAAGUUUUUCUCAUCAAAUUACACAUUUUUCUUGGAAAAAAUAACUUUCAGAAUAUCCUUUCUGAUAACGAUUUCUUCUCCUAAUAUCACUGUUAUUGUCCAAUUUUUGUCCUCUUAAAAGUAUUUCACACAAUAUUCUUGUAGCGUUUGUUUUUUUUGUUUUUUUAACUUUCAGUCUGGCUCGAAUACUCCUUCAUAUGAGCGGUGAAUGCACUUUAGAGGAGAGUUUUGUAAUAAUCUAUGUUUUGGGGUCUGUUUAUGGUCAGUGUAACUGCAUGUCCCCUCCUCAAUGCACACUCACUACAACCUCAAGUCUUACUUUUGUACAUAAUGAAGUAAAUACAGUAAAAGGGUUUAGUUUUCUGCGGGAGAGGCAGGCUGAAGAUGAGAAAAUGUUUGAUUUAUAAAUAACUUCACAAUUCCAAUUCAGUGUUGUUCUUGGAAUGCCGCCUUUCUGCUUCGUCACACGUCGAUCUUGUGUUCUUUUGGCUGCUUGGACGUUUCAAGUGAGGUCAAUCUGUUAUUGGGACUUGCUGGCCAAUCACAAACUCUUUUUUGUAUCCCCGCCCCCUUGGAUUUUUUGGACUCAUUUGGCGUUCUGCUCGUAGAACUGUACAAAAUAAUACUGUACUCUGAGGACGAACAUGUUUGGAAAGAAUUUGCAGCCAAUGUUUGUACACAAAUGUUAAAAUAAAAU